AUGGAGCGCCUGCAGAAGGUGGAGGCGGAGAAGAAGGAGGCAGAGGAGGCCGAGCGGCGGCAGAGGGCGAAACAACAGGAGAUGGAGCGCCUGCAGAAGGCAGAGCAGUGCCGAGCAGAGAAGAGGGCCAGACUUGCAUCCUACGCGGAACAGCAGCGGCAACUGGAGGCAAAGGCAAAGGCGAUGGCUGAAGAGACGGAACGAUUGGCAAGGGAGAUGGAAGAGGAGGAUUUGACCAUGCAGGGGGAGGGGACCUGGAAGGGAGUCGAGGAGGAAAUAGCUGAGGGCCUGGGGAGUUUGCUGUUGAUUGAGAGCGGGGAGGCGAAUGUAGCAGAGGGCGUGGCUAUUGUUCCCGGACAGAACGUAGAGGUGUCCAGGAGGUGGCCUAGACAGGAGGACAGGGAGCCGGAGGGUCAUGCGGCUAAGAGACGGCGUGCAGCUGGUAUACAGGAGUUGAUACCGAUAAUCCCAGGAGAAAAGAAAAGGAUGAAGAUCGACAAGUGUGACAACAGGAAAAACGCCGUAGUGGACGACAAGGGUAAGACUUUGGGUGUCUGCCUGCCGUUCAGGGGAAGCGGGUUCUCUCAAUGGGGCGAGGGAGCUUUGCAGAAGUGGACGUCUGAGCAAACCGUCGGCAGCCGGAAGCGGAACCUCGGCUCUCACAAAACGGUGUGGGAGAGGGCAUACACGGUCGCAGUCUGCUGGAAGUUCUACUUCACGGAUAUUGACAUGCAGGCAUACGACAUGAAUCCAAACCGUAUUAACAAGUGGCGGGAAGACCUCGACUUCACAUUGUGGCUUCCAACAGGGGUGUGGAGCGUCAUCAACGAACUCCACCUGGACAAACCGGACGGAUUCUCACUCGUUCAAACCAACAUGGCUCUUCGGCAGCAGCAGGGGGAUGGCUUUCAGGUAGCUGCCUGCGCUGGUGUCGGAAUAACUGCGUGGCAGAAGAUGGUGGGAGGCGUGGAGGGUGAAAACGGCUAUUCGACGGAAGAACACGCAGUCGGACUUGCCGCCACGUUGUCUGUAAUGUGGGCCGCAUCCACGAAUGUGGACUAG